GUCACUGUAAUAACAAUAAUAACAAGAUGGAUAACGAACACGAUAAGAUUCAAGGCCAGAUAGUUUUGGAUUGUUUUUUAAAUGUCAGUAAACGGACACCUAAUUCGUCUGAACCAAAAGAAGCUGAUGGUAACGAAGAAUUUGAAGCAGCUGAGCAUGAAAAUAUUGGAAACAAUAUUAAACUACGUUUUCCAAAGUCUUCUUUAGAAGAGUUUACGGAAGUAGAAGGAAGUAAGAAAGCACUGACUCUUCGCAAUGGAGUGAAGCUUACGUACGGUCAAAUAAUUGCAUUAGCAGGUGACUUCUAUGGUAUACCAGAGCAGCCAAUAGUGGACCCUAAAGAAGAUAAACGUCACAAUCCUGAUGGUCUUCAUCACCGUUUCAUUGCCGCGUACAACACACUUGCAGGUAGAGAUUACGAAGAUAUCAAAAAGGAGCUACAACAAAUAUUGGAGAUAAUGAAAGAUGAGAAAGAUAAAGUUGAAUCUGCGUUAUACGGCAAUGACGAAGUCGUUUCAUUGCCAGAUGACAGAGGGAACAUUCGUGUGGUUCCUAAGGAAGUUUACGACGAAUUAGGAAACUCGCUUGUCGAAAAAUGGGAUGAAGUUCUUGGUGGAAAAUGGAUUUUCGGAGUCCCCGUCAUCCUUGGACGAAUGAUGAAGCUCGCAAGCAACAAUCACGACCAUUUUCUUCCAUAUUCAAAAGAUGCAUAUUUGGCAGGUCACGAGCUUGCUCUAUCAAAAGAAGAAGCAAGUAAAGCAGAGCUGUAUGAGAUGAAAAUAGCACUUUUAGAAGAAGCUUAUUCCAUCGAUGCGUUUGCUUGUCAUUUUCUAACGGAUAGCUUUUCCAGUGGCCAUAUACGAGUACCAAGAAAAGAGUUGCACAACGAGGUUACACCAUCCAAAGUUGGAGAUUAUCUGUGUAAAUUCAUGCACGACGAAGACAAUGAGUUCGGCAUCAACGUAAGGAACAAAAAUGGAAUUAAGUGGAAGGCCUAUGGUGAUGGAAUGUUGCUGAAUGAUGAAAGCAAAGAAAACAAGGCAAUUGCCAUCGAAGCUGUUCAGACUUCUGUCAAUCACGUUUAUCAAGCCUUUCAUCAUCCUGAAAAUGUAGGAGACUCAAGUAUAGUGACUGAUUACAUUCCAUUUGUUGAUAAAGACGAGGAAAACACCUACCCAAUCUUUCAGGUCAAAGAAGGCAAGCUAUUGCGAAGGGCUGACCUUGAAAACACAUCUGAUCCAAAUACAGUCAACGAUUGGUAUGGAUGGACGACGGUAGCUCAACUGCGAUCGUACAAUCCAAAUGGUCUGGCUGCUGAAAAUUGUCGAAGUUGCGGCCAUAGCUUAAAUCCUGAAAUUUCUCAAUAAUCAACAUUUGGUUGCUAUAUAUUUAGGGUUUUAUUAGGUGGUUACUAGGUAUGAACGGUUAAAUAGCAGGUUACUAAGUUAAAGUAUUUUGUAUUCACAAUAUUUUUUGACAUAUAUGACAAAGAAAUCAACUGAAAA